AUGUCCGCUUCAGACUCCUCUUCGCAAGAAAAGGCUUCCAUCUCCGACUCAAAGCUGCAGGAGGAGAUUGCCCGCUCCCACCAACCCUAUCUCCACACCGCUGACCAAGCCAUCAGCCCUGAGGAUGCCGCAGAAGUACAUCUCCCCCAGAAGUCGGGCUUCAAGGAGGAGAACGGGUUCAAGCUCGUUACCUUCACGCCUGAUGACCCGGGCAACCCCAAGAACUGGUCAAAGGCCUACAAGUGGUACUGCACCAUGUUGGUCGCCUCUCUGUGUUUCGCCGUCGCCUUUGGCUCUGCCGUCGUCACUGGUGAUAUCGAGGGUGUAAUGGAGGAGUUCAAUGUCUCUGAGGAGGUCGUCAUUCUCACCGUCACUCUCUUCGUUGUUGGAUUUGGUAUCGGACCUAUGUUUUUUGCUCCUGCUUCCGAGCUGUGGGGACGACAGAUUGUCUAUAUCACCACCCUUGGUGUUGCUGUCGUUUUCAUCGUUCCCUGCGCCGUUGCUAAGAACAUUGGUACUCUCCUUGUUGCUCGCUUCAUCGACGGAAUCGCGUUCUCUGCUCCCAUGACUCUUGUCGGAGGCUCUCUUGCCGAUCUCUGGAAGGCAGAGGAGCGCGGUGUUGCCAUGGCUACCUUCUCUGCCGCUCCCUUCUUGGGUCCUUGCAUCGGUCCUAUCGUCGGUGGCUACAUCGGUGAUAACACCUCCUGGAGAUGGAUCUACUACACCAUGCUCAUCUUCACCGGUGUGCUCUACGCCGUCAUCGUCGUCACUAUCCCCGAGACGUACGCUCCUACCAUUCUCAAGCGUCGCGCGGCCAAGCUCCGCAAGGAGACCGGCGACAACUCGUACGUCACCGAUCUCGAGCUCAACCCCCGUCCUCUUGCCGAGAUGAUCAAGGUCAACCUGACGCGUCCGUUCAUUCUUCUCUUCCGUGAACUGAUUGUCUUCUUGCUGUCGAUCUACAUGUCUAUUCUCUAUGGAUUGCUCUACAUGUUCUUCUUUGCUUUCCCCGUCGUCUUUGGCGAAGGAAAGGGAUGGAAGAACGGCCCCGUCGGUCUGAUGUUCAUCCCCAUCGCCGUCGGAGUCAUCAUCGCCGCCUUCCUCGCCCCGUUGGUCAACCGCCACUACCUCAAGAUGUGCGACAAGUACAACGGCCGUCCUCCUGCCGAAGUCCGCUUGAUCCCCAUGAUGAUCGGCUGCUGGCUCGUGCCCAUCAGUCUCUUCAUCUUCGCCUGGUCGAGCUACCCGACCAUCUCCUGGGCGGGCCCUUGCAUCGGCUCGCUCCCGCUCGGAAUCGGCUUCAGUCUGCUCUACAAUGCCGGCAACAACUACCUCGUCGACUCGUACGCGCACUACGCCGCCUCCGCUCUCGCGGCAAAGACCUGCAUCCGUUCGUUCUGGGGUGCCGCUGUGCCUCUCUUCACGAUCCAGAUGUUCCACAAGAUGGGUAACCAGUGGGCCGGUUCGUUCCUCGGUUUCCUCGGCCUCGCGUGCUGCGCUAUUCCCUACGGAUUUUACUUCUACGGCGCGCGCAUCCGCUCGCGCUCAAAGUACGCGUACUCGCCCGAAGACGAGGUCGCCGAGAACGACGCGCACCCCGUCUCUGCGGAGAAGAAGGUCUAAAAAGUUCGUCCAUGAUAUGAUACUUUUUUGUUUUUCUUUUUUUCUAGCAUCUCUUUUUGAUUCAUUGAGCUGGGUUUCCGUUGGUGUAGAGCGAUUUAAUAUUCUGUAGUGGCUGCUUUUGCUUCUCUUCUCUUUUCAUAGCAAAUAAUGAAUAAUUAAUCAUAUGACC